GCCUGUUGAACAGUGGUACAUUCCCAAUAGGCCAUCUUUCGGUGAAACUUGGUCGAUGCAGCUUCCUUUGCUAACAGAGAGUAGUAGAUGUUUCGUCCUCCAGCUAGCAGCUACCACCAUGGCGUCAACUGAGAUAGCAAGGCAAGCGGGUGAAGGUGCUCGUGCUGUCCCUCUGGCAGGCCAUGUCGGCUUUGAUAGCAUGCCUGACCAGUUGGUCAAUAAGUCUGUCAACCACGGAUUCUGCUUCAACAUCCUCUGUGUUGGUGAGACGGGUCUGGGGAAGUCCACCCUCAUGGACACGUUGUUCAACACUAAGUUUGAGGGCGAGCCCACUCAGCACAAUCAGCCAGGAGUCACGCUCAAGUCCAACACCUACGAGCUCCAGGAGAGUAACGUACGCCUCAAACUCACAGUCGUCAACACCGUGGGCUUCGGAGACCAGAUAAACAAAGAAGACAGCUACAAGUCUAUCGUGGAGUUCAUUGAUGCCCAGUUUGAAGCAUAUCUACAAGAGGAACUGAAAAUCAAGCGCACGCUACACAGCUACCACGACACACGCAUCCACGCGUGUCUUUAUUUUAUAGCACCCACAGGACACUCGCUCAAAUCCCUGGACUUGGUGACCAUGAAGAAACUUGAUAGCAAGGUCAAUAUUAUCCCAAUCGUUGCCAAGUCGGACGCCAUCUCCAAGAGCGAGCUGGCCAAGUUUAAAAUCAAAAUCACCAGUGAGCUGGUCAGCAACGGAGUGCAGAUCUACCAGUUCCCCACUGAUGACGAGUCUGUGGCAGAGAUCAACUCCACCAUGAACAGCCAUUUGCCAUUUGCCGUGGUGGGGAGCACGGAAGAAGUGAAGAUUGGGAACAAGAUGGUGAAGGCCCGGCAGUACCCCUGGGGGACGGUGCAGGUGGAAAAUGAGAAUCACUGUGACUUCGUCAAGCUGCGAGAAAUGCUGAUCAGAGUGAACAUGGAGGACCUGCGAGAGCAGACUCACACCCGUCAUUAUGAGCUCUAUCGCCGCUGCAAACUUGAAGAGAUGGGCUUCAAGGACACAGACCCUGACAGCAAGCCCUUUAGCCUUCAGGAGACGUAUGAAGCUAAGAGGAAUGAGUUCAUGGGUGAGCUCCAAAAGAAAGAAGAAGAAAUGAGGCAAAUGUUUGUCCAAAGAGUGAAAGAGAAGGAGGCAGAGCUCAAAGAAGCAGAGAAAGAGCUGCACGAGAAGUUUGACCGUCUGAAGAAGCUCCACCAGGACGAGAAAAAGAAACUGGAGGACAAGAAGAAGUCCCUGGACGACGAGCUCAACAUGUUCAAACAGAAAAAGACUGCUGCAGAGCUCUUGUACAAUCAAGCCCAGCAGGCAGGGGGCUCCACCACACUCAAGAGGGACAAAGAGAGGAAAAAUAAUCCCUGGCUCUGCACUGAGUAGGUCCUCAGCCCUCAAGCUUUGCUAAGGGACCGGCCUCUGUGGGUACUGAGUACCUCAAAUGUGACCAGAGGCUUUGUGGACCCCAUCCUUCAGGGUUUCUUAAUCAUUACCUGCUCUGCUAUCAUAUUGAUUAAUGUGUAUCUGUGUUUCGCUGCAGCUCUAACCUCACCCUCAGCCAUCUAAUUCUUGCUUUUGUUGCCUUUGCUUAUGUUUAUAUGUGCACUGUUUGAUUUGUUGCUGUGACUAACACCUUUUCCACAUGGGCACUUGUUUAUUUAUUGUCAUAUUUGGAUAAUUAUUAACACUUUUUCCUCAUUUUAAAUGGACCACAGACGAGAAGACAAUCCUAACUUAAAUUAAGUCACCGUUUAAAAAUCAUCAGUGGGCACGAUAUAAUCUCAUGAUUUUAUGCUUGAUGUUUUGUUUUGUCCCAACUAUGAUCCCAGGGAUUUUUUACCACCUAAUUUUGUAUUGUGAUAAUCAUACCUAAAUCUAUUUUCUACCUGAUAUUAGAUGCACUUCUAAAUCUCAAGCUUGACUCAUGUUUUUGUACAUUUUUCUGCUUUUCCACCGCUCUAACUACAGGCUUUCUCUCUCUUUGUCUCUUUAGCUUCUUUUAAUCUGUCUUGACCACCUGAAGAGGGGAUUGCAGAUUCAACAAGAACUAAGCACCCUUUACCUCUUCCCGUUUUUCCUCGCUGUAUCAACCCUUUUAUAUUCUCCCCAUCGCAUCUCCUUUUGUUGAAUAUGGCCUUAUGUGUACUGGCAUGGUAUUUCUGACCACCAAGUGAAUCUCUAAACCCACGCAGGUUGGGAACCGGGCACAGUUUAAAUCUGCUUUUAUGUCUUAAUGUAUAUAAGGAGACUCUUGUAGUUAAUAAAAGUCAUCAUUUUGGGUUCACACAUUUGCAGGACUCGUAGGCUAAAUCAUUAUUUGAUCUUUACUUGAAACAAAAUUGCAAUGACCUGCACUAUGCACUCAUCUUUUCAAUAGGAUUAUUGAUACAAAGUGCACGUUAAAGGGAUAGUUGGGAUGUUUUGAAGUGGGGUUCAGGUACUUAUCCCCAUACUACAGUAGAUAGCGGUCGGUACGGCCCCAGUUUAGGGAGUAGACGGGUACCAGCACCAGCCGAGUGAUAAUGAAUUACCCAGAUCAUCCGGUGAUAUUCAGCAGCUUUAGGCCCAUGAAGAAAGCACACUAGCGUUUUCCCUAAACCCCGCCUCCCAGACGCUCCGUCCCGGCCGGUCUCGGCUCAGUCACAUGAAUGGAGGAGGGAAAAUAACUUGAGAUUUGUCUAUAGCGCAUUUUACAACUUUCAGGACCUAAUUAAAUAAAUGUCUAUUCAAGUGUUUGUACUGGGAGGUCCCGACCGCCAUGACUAUGGAUAAGUGCCUCAUAUAACCCCACUUCAAAAAAUCCCCAAACUAUCCAUUUAAGAUUAAACGCUACUGAAACAUUGAGGCUUGCUGAUUUUAAAAACUCAUCGAGGACAGAAGCACUAAAUGCACUAUGUGUAAUGUGUUAUGAACAUAAUGAGUAGUCAUGUUGUUGUUUUUCUUAAAUAUAGUUCAGUUCAAAAAUGAAAAUCUCCUGCUUCCAGGUUUUCUGAACAUUUAAAUUUAAUUAAGAGUCAUACUCAUGCAAAAUCCAAAGCAAUAUUUCUACUUCGCACUUCAUUUGAUGGUGCCCAUGUUUACAUGUCACUGUUGAAUACCAUGGAGGUCACAUGUAAUGGCCUUUUAUUACACAUUGUGCUUUAAUAUUCACCGGCCUAUUCUAUAUUUUUUUGCAUGCAUCUUUUUAUUUCAUUACCGCUGUGAUCUUUGACUUUUGACUUGCUUGUUUUUAUCCCCUAUUAAUUCAGUUUUGCAGUCUAUUUCAACUACAUUGCUGUUUUCUUCAAAUGGUGCAUAUUAUUAAUGUAUAUUUGCUCUGUCCUAUGAUUUCAGCUCCCUUUUUUGCCAAAUAUUAGUAUAAGAUGGACUCGAACUGAAUCCCAGAUGGGAGUAUUAACAAGAUACUCAUGCAUUUGUAUAAUUUAUAAGGAUAUAUUUUGUGUAUUGAAGUGGAGACUUGUUGUUUAUUACCUAUGACCUUUGGACGUGACUCUCUGAGUGUAAAGUAACAUUUUGGUGUCAGAAAAUGCCAUACAUUUUUCUAGUAUCAGUCAUCACCUCUUGUAGUCAGAAACUCUCCCACACUACAAAUAAUUAAAUAUCUUACUUUAGUUUGAUUCCAUUGAUGUACAUUUUCAAUAAAAAAAUAUGAUCCAGACA